AUGUACUGUGUUGUACAGAAACUCAAGAUGGUGAAAACCAUGUUGAAGGAUUUUAACAAGCUGUUUAUUGGAGAUAUCUUUGCUGCUCAAUUUGGGGCCUUACAGGAGCUGCAACAAUGCCAAGAAGAUCUGCAGAAAGAUCCCUUUAAUUUUCUUCUGAUGGAAAAAGAAAAAGAAGCAAGGCUGAGGCAUCGCCAAACUUCCAGGAAUUAUUGCUCUAUGCUUGCGCAAAAGGCAAAAAUAGAUUGGAUAAUAGAGGGGGAUGAUAAUACCACUAUUUUUCAUAGAAGUUUGAAGAUGAAAAGAAAUCAAAACAUGGUGUAUGCAAUUAAAAAAGCUGAUGGGGAGUGGGUCGAUGAAGAUAAUUCUGUUACACAAGCUUUUAUUAAUUUCUAUUCGAAGUUACUAGGCUCUAGAAUGACAGCAAGAAUAGAAGUUAAUAUGAAAGUUGUACUAGUAGGUCAGGUUGUUACUGAAGUUCAAAAGCAGUUUUUGAUGAAACCAUAUAUUGAAGAAGAGGUGAAACAAGCCCUAUUCUCAACACCGAAUACAAAAGCUCCAGGGCAUGACGAUUUUAAUAGCUUUUUCUUCAAGAAGUCAUGCAAUAUAGUUGGAAAGGAAGUUGCAGAAGCUAUUCUCUCCUUUUUGCAUUCUAGGGAAAUAUUGAGAGAAAUUAAUGCCACAACCUUGACUUUGGUUCCAAAGCUCAAAUGCCCUAAAUCUGUGGCUGAUUUUCGACCUAUUGCGUGUUGUAAUGUCCUCUACAAGAUUUCCACAAAAAUGAUAUGUUUAAGAUUUUGA